AUUGAGAAGUGGGUAUGGUGAGCUGAAACUUUGUAAAUGAGAUCAAUCACUGCUUCAUUCCGACAGCAGCUUUAUCCACUGGCAAGGUGAGAGGCUCCUUCCAGCAAACAGCCAGAUUCACCAGCACAGCUGAAUGGCUUACAAUUUCAAAACUCUUGGCUUUCCUUUGCUUGCGUAAUUGGAAAAUAUCACGUUUGCAUAUGAUGAGCUGCGUCGGUUCAUGAGAACGGCUUUUAAAUGUCCAGUGAUAGAGACUCACAUGUGACCCGCCUUGAUCCCCUCCACGCGGAAUGUGCUGAAGACAUUGACGAGGAGAGGAUGAGAACGGGUGAAGCUCCAGCCCCGCGCAGGCUCAGCCGCAGCCCGAAGUGCGCUCGCUGCAGGAAUCACGGCGUCGUGUCGCGCCUCAAGGGCCACAAGCGCUUGUGUCGCUGGCGUGACUGUCAGUGCGCGAACUGUCUGCUGGUCGUAGAGAGACAGAGAGUGAUGGCAGCACAAGUCGCCCUCCGGAGACAGCAGGCCACAGAGGGCAAAAAAGGUAAAAAAAAUACCUCUGUUCUCCGACGCACAGCUUACCAGCGCUACACGAGGACACCUAGUCUCCUGGCAAAGAGUAUUCUAGAGGGCUACAAGCCCCCUGUGCUGGAGGACUGGCCAAAGAGACUCAACCAACCCCCAGUUAGUGUUCGGAUGAGGAAGAGGAGAGCGUUUGCUGAUAAAGAGCUGGAGACUGUGAUGCUGGAAAGAGAGCUGAGGCAAAGAGAGAUGGAAGAGUUGCCUGCGCUCCUCCUCCAGGCUGUGGUGCCCUCCGUUCCCUCUCCCUAUUUUUUCCCACUGUCAGACCCAAUCAUGCCCACGUACAUGCCUGUGUCUAAAAGCGGCCCACCUUUGACUGACUGUGAUCUCCCUUUCCGUCAGCAAGUGCUUAAAUCCAAGACUCUGGACUGCAGCACAGACACACUGACAGACAGCAUCUCUCUAAGAGUGUGUGAGAACUGGGAUAUUUUCAGUACGAUUCAGCCUUACAGCACAAGCCCAGGUGUCAACAUAUUUAAAAACAUGCCGGACAGCGGGUUUUCUGAUAUGUCUGUCAAACCAAAAAUUGUAGUUGCUGACAUAAUGUCAAAGCAAGACAUCCCUCCCUCAGUGAAUAUGGCAAACAUGCUGGUACAAGCUAAAUCACCACACAAAUGCUGCAGGUCAUUGGGACACGUGGACUCUGUGGAGGGUGCAAAUAAAGACCCCAUCAAAAAAACAGUAACACGACCAUUACCCUUUUCUGUAGAGGCAUUGCUCAUGAGAUGAUGAGAAUCAUUUUUUCCAAAGCUGACACUUUACUGUAAAGUUCAGUUUGUUAACCUAGGAAUCAUGAACUAACAAUAGCAUUUAUUAAUCUUGCUUACUAUAAUUUGUAGCUACUACAAUUUUGUAUACAUUUUAUGUUCUAUAUUAAAUUAACAUUACCUUCUAGGUACA